AUGGAGCACUCGCACGGCGCUCAGCGGGCGCCUGCAGCCCACAUCGACACCGACAAGCUCGCCCAGGAAAUGACGGAGCAGUUCCGGCAGGUCCUCAGCACCCGGCGCAUGAACGAACUCACAUCGCGAUCCGUACAAUCGCGUUCCUCGUCGCCAGCGCCGCGAGAUUUUGGCACUCCGCAGCCGCCGCCGGUGCAGAAUGCCCCUCCAUCCUACUCGUCGCUCCGAAACAUCCCCCUCGUACCCACGCCACCGCAGGACGCUCGCUCGUUACGCUUCAGGAAUAUGCUGCACUCGCUGUCGAACAUGCCGCUGCGAUGGGAGAACCCUGGCCUGCUGGACGAAGCUCUUCGUGUCGUUCCGCUCGAACAGAUCUACAACGAAGCCGAAGAGGAAAGCCAGAUCCUGCAGGCCGAAGCUGAGAGCCUAGGUGCCGGCAAGAAGGCCGCAUGGGGCUAUCAGGACUGUGUCGUCCGCGCACUCAUGCGCUGGUUUAAGCGGUCGUUCUUCAACUGGGUCAACAACCCUCCAUGUGCACGAUGUUACUCGCCGACGAUAGGCGUCGGCAUGGCCGCCCCACUACCAGAUGAACAGGCCCGCGGCGCCAACCAAGUUGAACUCUACAAGUGUUCGCUAGACCACUGUGGAAACUACGAGCGCUAUCCGCGCUACAAUGACGCCUUCGUUCUGCUACAGACCCGCCGCGGACGAUGUGGCGAAUGGGCCAACUGCUUCAGCAUGCUUUGCAGGGCCAUCGGAUCAAGAGUCCGAUGGGUCUGGAAUGCAGAAGACCACGUCUGGACUGAGGUCUACUCCGCCCACAGGAAGCGAUGGGUCCACGUUGAUGUCUGCGAAGAGGCGUGGGACAAGCCGCGUCUGUACACUGAAGGCUGGGGCAAGAAGCUCUCCUAUUGCAUCGCUUUCUCUGCGGAUGGCGCAAUGGACGUCACCCGGAGAUAUGUUCGCAAUACCUCGAGGUAUGCCAUAGAGCGCAAUCGAGCACCGGAGGCUGUUCUCCUUCAUAUCAUGGACGAAAUCCGAUCCAUGCGACGAAGCAAUCUCUCAAAGCAAGAGAAGUUCCGUCUCGAAGGCGAGGAUAUGCGCGAAGACCGUGAACUUCGUGGCUACGUUAUCUCAUCGAUUGCGCACGAAGUCGUCAAACUUAGCCCCGAGGACAUUUUGAGCGGACGCACUAGCUCAAGAUCGGAUCCUGAUGCUCAGAAGGCCUUGGAAGGCCGAACCAGCGGUAACGCCCAAUGGAUACGCGCCAGAGGAGAAGGCGGACGAGGCACGCAAAAUCAACAAGAUCCCAACAAUCAACAUCCACGAUGA